UCGGGCUCCGUCAUGUCGGAGCGCGGGCCGGGCCUGGCCAACAGCAUCUACCGCGAGUUCGAGCGGCUUAUCCACUGCUACGACGAGGAGGUGGUGAAGGAGCUGAUGCCGCUUGUGGUGACGGUGCUGGAGAACCUGGACUCGGUGCUCACCGACAACCAGGAGCACGAGGUGGAGCUGGAGCUGCUGCGGGAGGACAACGAGCAGCUGCUCACGCAGUACGAGCGCGAGAAGGCGCUGCGCAAGCAGGCCGAGGAGAAGUUUAUAGAGUUUGAAGAUGCAUUGGAGCAGGAGAAGAAAGAACUACAAAUCCAAGUGGAACACCUUGAAUUUCAGACUAGACAGCUGGAGCUGAAGAGCAAAAACUAUGCAGACCAGAUUUCACGACUGGAGGAACGGGAAUCAGAAAUGAAGAAAGAAUAUAAUGCUUUGCACCAACGUCACACAGAGAUGAUCCAGACCUAUGUGGAGCACAUUGAACGAUCCAAGAUGCAGCAAGUUGGUGGAAAUAAUCAAACUGAGGGAAGUGUACCUGGGAGAAGUCAUCGCCAGUCAUGGAGGAAAAGCAGGAAGGAACGUCCUAACUCUUUGAACGUCUUCCCCCUCGCGGAUGGAAUGGUACGUGGGCAGAUAGGGGCCAAGAUCGUCCCAACACUGGACCACUGGCACCUGAGUGACCUCGGCCAGCUGCAGUCCAACUCCAGCUACAAGUGCCCCCAAGAUGAAAUGUCCGAAUCUGGACAGUCCUCAGCAGCUGCCACACCGAGCACCACUGGAACCAAGUCCAACACUCCCACGUCAUCUGUGCCCUCUGCUGCUGUCACCCCCCUGAAUGAGAGCAUCCAGCCUGUCAGUGAAUACAAUGGCACAGCCAAGAGCAAUAAGAGGGCACGAGAAAAGCGGAACAGCCGGAACAUGGAAGUCCAGGUCACGCAGGAGAUGAGGAACGUCAGCAUAGGGAUGGGAAGCAGCGAUGAGUGGUCCGAUGUUCAGGACAUCAUAGACUCUACCCCAGAGCUGGAUAUGUGUCAAGAUCCCCGCUUGGAACGCACCGGGAACAGCCCGACACAGGGGAUUGUGAACAAAGCAUUCGGCAUCAACACAGACUCUCUGUAUCAUGAACUUUCCACAGCAGGGUCCGAGGUUAUUGGGGAUGUUGAUGAAGGAGCAGAUCUGCUAGUACGGGAUGAUUUCUUUGGUAAGGCGAAGACCCAGAUUUUUCUAAGCGCUCGCAACGCUGAUGUGCAUAUUGCAGUCGUCAUGUUUGUGCGCGAGGGGAAGUGCCGUGCAUCUGAUGUGGGCAUUCGAG